ACUGCUCUCAGUCCCAGUGAGCCGCUCCUGUGAGCGCCAUGUCGCCCUCAGCUGGACCUGGAGCAGCGCUCAGCGCUCUGGCAGUAGGGGGCGGCAGCGAGGCGGUGAUCCGUGGCGAACUUGUGGAGGGGCCCGAGGGCCCAACCUUCGUGGCGCUGCGGAGGCUCCGCUGGGGCACGCCCAUUCUCACGGAGCGGCCGCUGCUGCUGGUUGAGGCGGACACGGACCGUUACCUCCGGGCGGAGGGCGCGGAUCCCCGCUUGGCCGAGCUCGCCGAAGCGCUCGGGGACGCCACACGGCUUGCGGCAUAUGUGGCAUUCCGGCAGUUGCACGAGCGCAAGCAGAAGGAGCUCCUGGCUCUCUGGCGGGAUGGCCUUGAGGACUCCGAUGCCACGGCCCGAGCGGUCCAUGCUGCAAACCGCCAGGGCAUCGAGGAGUUCUUGAAGGACCACCCCCACUUCAAGCAAUGUGUCUACUGGAAUCAUGUCAUCCUGGUGUCCUCCAUCUUUGGGCGGUUUGGAUUGGUCAACCCCGAUGGCAGCAGAGCAGUUUAUGGCCUGUGCAGCCACAUCCGCCACAGCUGCCGGCCCAAUGCGGCAUGGUUCACCCUGCGCAAGGGCUUCCCACGGGGAAAGCGAAUGUUGCACGUGAUCCAUUUGGAGGGGAUCCAGCGACGCGAAGAGAUCACCGUGUCCCAGUUGGAGGAAUCCAUUCUGGUGCAGCCAAAGGCGCUGCGCUCGCUACAGCUUCUGAAGUGCCAGGGCCGACGCUGUGGCUGUCCUCGCUGCGCUGCAGGGAACGAGGAGGAGGACGAGAGGAUCCGGUACCUCUUCGGCAAGCUGGGCACAGCGCUGGCGGCCAAGCCGCCCACGGAUGGCUCCACGGCGCUGGCGCAGGAAUGCCUGCAGGAGUUGGAUAGGCUGGUGCCAUUCUCCAUGCAAUCGAAGGCCAAGGCGAAGGUGCUGUUAGCCACAGCCUUCGGGGAGCUGUCCCAGCGCGCAGCAUGGCAGCAGGACAACAAGUCCGCCAACAUCAUCCGAUGGACCGGACUGGACGCAGAGAGCCAGGAGCAGAGGUUGAAGGACGCCAAGAAGCUCUACGAGACGGCGGGCAAAGACUUCGAGUACCUGCUGGGCCAGGACGCCCUGCCCAUUUUGGAGCGGAUGGAGUCGGGCUACGCCCCUGUGCAGGACCAGCACAAGGUCUUGGCCAAGUACAUGCGAGAGAAGGAGCCCGACGAGGACCCCAGCGCUGCGGCGGGCGUGCCCUGGCCUGAGCAGGCGCAGGGCUACCAGCCACAAUUGAGGCAGCCCGGCAUGCCACCGACAUGGGAGGAGCUCUUCAAAACCAAGGCCUGAGACAGCGCAGGGCCGCAACUUCGGCAAUCGCAUGUGAGGGGAAGCAGU